CACGAACAGCCUGUGGGGGGCAGCACGGUGACAUCACCUCAGUCUAACACACCCGAAGAAGAGUCAUUUCCGCCAAGCUGUUUCCAUGGUAAUCUAACAUGGCGCCUGGAAGCCAACCAAUCCUGUCGUCCGCUCCUCUGCAGGUCCUCUUCUACCUGAACUGCUGGUACUUUGCUGCCUUCUACCUCGCUGAGGUCCUGAUGUUCAUCUAUAAAGGGAUUCUACUCCCCUACCCCUCAGAUAAUCUGGUUCUGGAUGUGGUUCUGCUGCUGCUCUUCCUCGCUCUGGAGACUCUCAGGAUCUUUUACGGCUGGAAGGGGAACCUGUGCGAGCGCUCUCUGGCCUCGUGUGCGUCGCUCUUCAUCCUCCUCCCCUGCGCCGCGUUGGCUGUUUACUACCUGCUGCUGCAGACCUUCGUCCUGCGGCUGGAGUUCAUCCUCAGCAGCGUCCUGCUCUGCUUCUACGCCCUCGAGUUCCUGCUUGGGCUGCUUUCCGUGUCUUCUUUCUCCAGGUCCAAAGUUUACUGAAGAGAAAUCCCCUGAAACACAAACACGAGGAGGACGACUGUUUACUGUAAAUAAAACAUGUUUAUUUUCUUAUGUUGAAAUGUUAAUGUUUUUACACCAAGUAUUUUUUACUGUUUGUUUUUAUAGAAAUGUUAAACUCUAAGGAAGGCCAUGUUUGUAGUUUUUUAAGCAAAUCAUGACGAUGGACAGAGAUGUGUAAAUAAUAUCAAAGCUCAAAUAAAACAACUUUUCUAUAAA